UCUAUCUAUAGCGCGCACCAAAAUAUGGCGGAUAAAUUUCAGCCAAACCAAAACACGGAGAUUUCACUAUGGUUUUCGUUUACUUUGCGACCGUUGCUGUGAUCGUUAUUUUAUGCGCUGUAUUCCUUGGCAGGCUUUUCGCAUGGAUAGUCCAACUAGUUGCCCGAUAUGCUUGCCGUCUGGAUCUAAGAGUAGAGAGUUUUGGAUUUCUCACUAUCAAAGGAAUCAAGGUCAAACUAAAAGGCGGCAGAACUAUCGAAAUCGAAAGAGUAGCUUUGCAUACAAAAUGGGAUCUUCCAAAUUCCAAGAAAUUAUUUACCAUAUUUCUGGAAAAUGUUCUAUUGAGUGUUGAGAGAAGAGAAAACCAACCUUCCAGGAGGACACCCUCAAAUUCACAAAGCAAUUUUGUUAUGACACAUAAAGAUACAAUAUCAAGCUUUCUCCAGACCUUUUGCAAGUAUGUUGCAGUGUCAGUUUCUCGUAUUGAAGUUGUUCUUCAAGUGACUAAUGGCCAGAUUGUCAAGUGCCAUCUUGACAAUGGCUUGGAAAUACUUGCCAAUUCUGUUGAUGCAAGCUUACAGUCAACUCUGACUAUUCCUAAAGCAGUUGCACAGCUUAGCAAGCCUAAAGCUGACGGUGUGGAGCAUCUAGCAGAAAUCUCAGUUGCUGCUGAUGUGGAAGCAAGUUUCCAGCCAUUAGGAGACCUAAGCACAGCAGUGAUUCAAGUCAGACUUAAAACUGUUGGCUUGCUGUUAAGUGAUGCACUUUUGACAAGUCAGGCUGCUAAAGUCAAAGUUCCAGAUACAGUGCCCGCGGAAGAGAAUAACGAUGUUUCUGGAGACAGACAAGAUCUUCAGAUGCUUUUGGCAAAGGUCUUAAAGGCGCCAAAGCAUGUAGAAGUUGUUCUUGAAACCUCAAGCAUUACAUUAUUAAACCAGGAGAAAAGAAAACUGACAGCGGAGCUUGGUCGUAUCAUCACCACAUUCUCCAAAGGUCAUAGUGACCUUGUAUCUAAUUGUGACUUGAACGUUGGUGUAUCAGGGGUAACAUUGUCUGGGACAGAGCCAUGCAAACUUUGUACUUUAAAUAGACUACGAUUUUGCUUAAAGCUAUCUAAGAGAGAUGAUCAGAUGCAGAUGGUUUCUUCUCUGUCCAUUGAGUCUUUCCAUAAUAAUUAUGUUCAUGAGGAGUGCAUCUACUGGCUGGAAUACUUCAAGUCACGAAGGAAGAAUGUCUCACCUCCAAGAGGAGGUGGCCAGCCAGUGAAAAGUUUGCCGCAGCUGCACCUAAGCUCCCCUGUGAGUGUGGACAUAGAAAUGGUAGAUUGCUCCACUAGUCUUUACCUUAAAGCUCCAUCCAGGACAAAUCAACCUCUAUUCCGUGCUGUGCUUGCAACAUGCUCUAUUGGUGGCACAUUGCCAAACAAAGAUAGCGAGAAGGCCCAGUCCGCCAGUGUUACUAUGCGACUUGAGAAUGCAUAUGUCUAUGUUGAUGCUGUAAAGAGUACAUCAGAGACCAGAAGUGAUGUCCAGUCAGUGUCUUACACUCUGACAGACAAUCCUGGAUUACUACCAAGCACUCAUCGGCAUGUGUGGGGGCGGGUACUAGCUCUUGGCAGCUGCAGCAUCAAGUUCAACACAGAGCAAGACCCUUCAGAAAAGGACUCCCUUCAUGUAAUGUCACAGUUGGAAGCUAGUUGCCUGUGUUUGGAAUGGUCUCAUCAGGUGUGCAGAACUCUGGUACAGGUCACAAGCAGAUUUGUCCCACAUGGUUUGCAACGACAAAAGGACCAAGAAGAAGGUGGAACAGGAAAGCCUCCCAAUGUGAUGAUUCAUACAGAGCUCCGGAUCAGUGCCAUCAAUGUUUUUUACUUGGGAACACAAUUGGAUGGAAUCGAUUCAUUUGUCAUGCGCAGUGAUAUGGUUACUAUAGCGACACACACAGGUGCUGCUACACACAUUGACAUUUGUGGGGUCAAGGUCGCAAGGAUGAUUGGCUUACAGAAGGCACCAUAUCGAUGUCUGCAGUCAGCCGAGUUGGAAGGCCAUUGCCUAAGUGUUCCCUUCCUGAGUCUCUCUAUGGAUAAAAACAAGCAACCCCUCUCAGUAUCAGUCAGUGAUGUUGAAGUGGAGUGGAACCCGACAUUCCACAUGGCCCUAAAUGACAGAAUCCAGGAAUUAACUGAAGAUGCAAAAACUUUUAAAGAAUUAGUUCGUUCUUCAUCAUCUAACUCUGUGCCGAAGCCAUCAGGCUCAUCUAAAACAAGGGCUCUUUUGUGUGAGCUAGCAUCAUUCAAACUUUGUAUGAAGACAUCUCCUUCAACAAGCUUUGGCGUUGAAGUAUCAAGAUCAACAUUAGAUGUUCAAGAUGACAGUGUCUUGGUAACAAUGACCACAGCAUCUGUGCUGUUUGAUGACCAGCCAAUCUUCAUGUUUGAGGAUGUAUCACUGAAUAAAGUAGCAGAUGCACUGGCUCAUACCAGACAGCAGUUCAAAAGCCUUGAGACUUCAACAAAUCAUGCAUGGAUAGUAUCAUCUCGGGAUACCCAUGUAUUAUUUCCAUUUGAGUAUGACUUUGCUACAUCUCGCAGUGAGCUGGUGAAUGUCACAAAGAUGUUGAAAGCUCUGCAUAAAAAACCAAGAGGUUACGAUCAUGUGGAGUCACUUCCUCCGGACCUCUGGCUGAAAUUUGAGAAUAUUGUUCUUGAGAUGGAGGAUGAUCCUUUUGAAGUAAAACUAGGGGACAACUAUGUGCUGUUGUUGGAUGAAGCACGCCAUUGGAGCGAGAGAAGGGCCACACUAGAAACCCGACUGAGCGAGAUUAGAAAGACUCCUGGGAAUCUACUCACAGUUAAGAGGGAAGACGAGCUUUACAGCAAGCUUGAGGAGAAGAAUGCUCAGAUCUACAUACAACGGUCUAAGGCAUUGUACGAGGAGACACCGAUGCGAAAAAACCUACUGAGAUGGGAAUUCCGGGGCUUGGAUUUGAAGGUGUUAGCGGACCAAUCAUAUCACGGCAAAGAAAGGGCUGUUUGCGCCAUGAGCACGCUCAAUCAAAACAGCCCGUACCCAUCCGGCGGGCUGGAGUUUAGCACGUUAUGGUGUCGCACUGUGCUGGGGACCCUCACAUCUCACUGCUAUCGUCUGAGGGACUACCCGAGACCCAUCUUCUCUUCUACCUGUGUCAAGCUGAGUGGGACGGUGGUGGGAGCAGAACAAACGGCUGCUGAUAGAGCUAAGCGUGAGGCGAUUAUCGAGAUUGACAAGCCUUGGGGACAUAUGACAGUUCAGCGAAGUUUAACAGCAUUUAAGUUUUACUACGAUCUGGACUUCGAUGUAGACACGCUGGAGAUGGCCUGGGGCGUGGACACGGACCCUGCUACAACAAUGGUCACGCUUGCCUUUGACAACAUCAGUAAAGCAAGUGCUGACCCCAGUAAGCCUCUACCAUGGUUUGAUAAGGUACGACUCCUGAUGCACGGCCGACUCCACUUAGUCGUCAAAGAGUGGCUCAUGUAUUUCAGCGCCACACGCAAUCCGUACGACAUCACGGAGAGACUCGAGGUUGACUGGACGAACUGCGAUAUUCUGUGGACCAAUGGUCGUCUUGUGAUAGAUGGGGAUUUUGACCUUCAGACGCGCACAGCCUCCAAGUACGACGAUCGACGUGUCCUUCAUCUUCCUGCCUUUAAAGUCUGCGCCGACAUGAAGUGGUUAUGCUCUGGGGACCCAAACGAUCACCACACCGUCAUGCCUUGCGCACCCGAAAAAAUACCGGAAUUGGCGCCAAACCAAGCACACGACUCUUACGCGCUCUUCAGGUCCCAGAACUUGAGUCUUAACCUUUCCCUCGAAACGGCCAUUGAUCCUUCUGAGAACGCUGGCAGACUAGGACCGCCCACAGUGUACCUCUACGCAAGUACAUUUAGAUGGUUCAAGAAAUACCAGGCUGUAGUAUUCCAGAGCGUUUAUCGUCCAAUCAAACGCGGCCUGUAUUUUAAUCGACCCCGGAUGUCGAAGCAGAGUCUCGGUCGUCACUAUAAGAAAGUUUCCCUUUCGUUGCGUUUUCCCGCCCUCUCCGUGUGGUACUGGGGCUCGUUCACGCAGCAGAGGGGCGUGUCACUGUCAUGCGGCCAGGGCUCGCUUCACACGCAGUACCGGCUGCACCUCCACCCCUUGGAUGAUGGUCUUACUAGGAGACAGGCUGCUGAUUGGACAGCUACCAAGCUACACAUCGAUAUGAGUGACGUCACUAGUCAUGUGUACGGCGUGGAGCAGCCAGAUGGCCAGGAGGAGGGCGAGGAGGCUUCCGAGGUCAGUUCUAUUGAUCUAGAGCCUACCAAGUACUACUUCCUUACAGCAGAAAGACUGGAGUAUUCUCGCCAGGACACGACAAAGAACCCUAAGAAAAAUGCAGAGGAUCAGAACGAACAGCAGAUCUAUGGACACCGCUUGGUUUGUCACGGCCUCAAAGGUGCCUGGUCCCAAACAAGUCGGCAAAUCUUGUUUGGCUUAUUUGAAGCUUACACAAAUGCUGAGAUAUUGAAGAAGAACCUGUCGGCAGAUGCUCUGAAAGUCACUAUUGUAGAACAGAAGAAGAAUUCACAGGAUUCGCCAGCAGAGUCCGGCUCGGUCCAUUCCAGGUCUGGCAAGUCUCGAUCGGUGUCUCUUUUACAGAAACUUGUAAGCGAGAGAGACACCAAGUUCACGGCUUACACUGAGGAGGGGAGUGACAAAGUGGAGCAGAAGGAGAUCCCCCUGCAGGGCGUGGCCAUGUGUAAUACUGAUGACGUCAUUGCACAUUCCUGGCACAUCAAGCUGGUGAACUCGCAGAUCCUUCUCAAGGGUAUCGAGACGAGGGGAUGCGUCCUUGUCACUGCCGGCAGCACCACGGUACUCAGCAGGCUUCACAAGCCAGUCUGGGACAAAGGCGAGCUCUUCAACAAGAAAACAUGGGCCGGGACAGUGGAGAAUGUACAGUAUUUCGCGACUGUGAGUACUGGUGAUACAGUCAGUCUCGACUCAAUCCCCUGGUUGGACACAACGGUCAUCACUGGCCGCCAGCCACAGAAGACUGGGUUCGGAAUUGCUGACCUAGCUGACAUCGUGGGCUCAGGUGAAGCUGUCGGCGGUGUGAUAACCGCUGUCGUGGGCGGGGCUACUGCUGGCGCGGGUCAGGAGGUUCCACAGCUGCAGCGUAUCGUGGCUCGCUGCGGGUGCGACUUCUACUACGUCAAUUUUAGCACCGACCUGGACCCACUAGCAAGGGAAAUGGCCACUAGUCACGUGCCACCUUCACCUGCGAAUAGCCAUCUACGAGUCGGCAGACAACAGAUGAUCAACACGUUCACUAUAAGGCACAAGCUGCUAGAGAUCUCCACCAACUCGUCCCAGUACGCUAUGCUUCUAGACAUCGUCAACAACGUCGUUCUGUACACAGAACCAAAGAAAAAGGAAGCGAUUGAGAAGCUUCAGCGGAUGAGAUUCCAUCUGCAGCUGUCUGCAUCUGAGGAUCAGCGCGGACAGAUAUUACUCCUCCAAAACGCCGUCAGGUCUCGGCAGACCGAGAUGCGAAGCUUGCAACGAGAGCUCUACGAGGUUAACCUGAUCAGGAAGGACAGACUGGACAGCCAAGAUUUGACAGAAGCUGUUGUUAUGUUGGAGCGAGAAAUUGCUCAUAAGAAGGAGUUGCUGAAUUCGUCAAGCUCAGAGCUCAAGCUGAUAAUUAGUGCAUACAAGGAUUUUCAGUUGAAUCUCAACAAACCCACACCAGAGAAAGCGCCUUCAGCAGAGCCAAAGCAGUUGGCUGAGGCCCACUUUAACCACGUGUCCUGGCAGCUUAACCAGGAGGAUGGCCAACUCGAGAUCGCCGACGUCAAGUUCAUGGACUUCAGCUACAGCAAGACCACCUUGACUGACGCCACUAUUGAACACAGAUUUGAGGUUAAUCGAUGCAACAUGCGCAACUUACUGCCUAACAGCAUUUACAAGGACGUGUUGGGCCCGCACGACGUCAGCGGUAGCGCCGGUAGGGCGCCGAUGGUUAGGCUGUAUUGUCGCGUCAAGCCACCGGUUGGUGGGAUCGGUGUGAAAGAGCAUUUUGAGGUCAACGUGUGUCCGCUGAAUGUCCAGCUCACACGGCGCCUGUUCCAGAAGGGAAUGAGCUUCUUUUUUCCUCAACGUGCCGCCGAGUACGAGUCGGACGUAGGAGACGUCGACCUUGUCUACAAAGGACAAGAUACAGACGAGAAAGACUUCGAAGACAGGGAUUUGUUUACAGAUGAUCUUCAGGAGUUGAAUCUCCAGGCGCCUCCAAGGGCCGGCUCUAUACGCCGUUCUGCUAGUAGUGUCUCGUCCAUGUCGUCAUUUUCGGAGACCGACUUCCCCUCUGCCAAGCCGCGCCGCAGCGUCAUGUCCCUGUCAUCGGGAGAGUCACCUCCCACCUCUCCUGUCAGCAAAGAUAAGGGAAAAAAGAAAAGCACGUUUUACCGCAAGCUCGAUGAAUACGAUGACUUGGAGAAAAUGAAGGAGCGAGCAUCAAAAAACAACUCCUUCAUCUAUGUCAAAGUUACCGAGGUUGCUUUGUGUGUUAGUUACAAGGGUGAGAAGGAGAAGAACAUCACAGAUGUCCGAGACUUUAACUUGACUAUCCCCACUCUCGAGUACCACAACCGGACGUGGACAUGGCAUGAUCUUCUCAUGGCCAUGAAGAAGGACUGCAUCAACGUACUCGUGUCCCAGGUGAUAAAGGAAAAGCUACACUGGAAGACAAACCUGAGCUCCGAGGUGAAGGACAGCAAAACGGAGGCAAAAGAAGAAGACAAGGCAAAGUUGCUUUUCGGAGAUCGGUCAUCCAAGACGGAAAAGAAGAAAGCAAAGAAAGGCCUUCUCAGUAAGCUGGUUAAGCUGAAACCCGGCGCAAAACCGACAGGUCUCUUGCAGGCAGACGGGGCCGCGCCGGAGCCCGUAAACCUUGAGGGGAGUGGGUUUGACGAUUACGACAAUUCUGAAGAAGAGCAACCAGCGGAAGUGACCCCCAAGAGCGAGUAGUACUUUCCAAGGGGCCCUUGAUUAACCGGAAGUGAAGUAGCAUAGGAAAUGUUAAUUCUUUCAUUCAGAAAGAGAAAAAGAUAAGACAUAUUAAUAUUGAUAUUAAAACCGACAAACAAGUUCGAUUUAAUGGGAGAUCUUUGCAGACAGUCUACCCAAAAGUGACACUUAAUCUAAAAAAAUAUGUGGGUAGAUUUUCUCACCGAUAAAAAUAAAGACAACGUAAAUGAGAAAUAAUAAUGGUGACCAUAAGACAUGUUAACAAUUACUAAACAUGAACAGCUAGAAUAACUAGAUUUCUUGUAAGUGUAUUGUAUGUUUUGGAAACGGGUAUUUAUCUUAGGUAUUUGAUAUUUUGGUAUUCUCAUUAUUCAGUAGCUUCACUUCUAAAAAGAUAUUGUAUAUCAUCGAUUUAUAAAGAAUCGAAAGCAAUAAAGUAACUUUGUAAAUUGAUGACGGACAGAAAUCAUGAUUAAAGCGAAAAAUGGA